GCGCCGGAAAACACAGGCUGUCGUAGCAGGGCGGUCUCACACCAGGAGGUUAUAUAUGUGUGCACAUGCACACACGCACAUAGCAGCCAGGCAGGGUGGAAAGCAGCGCCUGCAGCUCCCUGCAGGCUCCAGAGCACCUUAUAGGAGUUGCCAUGGCUGGUGCUGGUGAGAAUUUAGAUCCUGAAGCCUUUUCCUCUAUACUCCCAGAACUGCAGGAGGAACUGAAGGCUGCACUACAGGGAGGAGACCUUGUGGCAGCAGCCUCGAAAGCCCAAGAGGUUCUGUGCAGUGUGGACAAGGUGGUUCUCAACAUUGCCAUCACAGGGAUCACAGGCUCUGGCAAGUCAUCCUUUGUCAAUGCCAUGCGUGGUGUGGAGGAUGGAGAUAAGGACGCAGCUGCCAUAGGAGUGACAGAAACAACAUCUAAGCCUGCUUGUUUCCCACACCCUCAAUAUCCCAAUGUCAUCUUCUGGGACCUGCCGGGAAUUGGGACACAAACAUUUCAGGCAGACGCAUACCUCCAACAGAUGUUGUUCGAUCGCUAUGAUUUUUUCAUCAUCAUUUCCGGCCCGCGCUUCAGAGAGAAUGACAUCAAACUGGCCCGUGAGAUCCAGAGACUGGGGAAGUGCUUUUACUUUGUGCGCUCCAAGGUGGAUCAGGAUUUGUGCAGUGAGCAGAGACUGUACGAUCAGUCUGGAUGUCUGAAGAAACCUUGUGCUUCACGCCCACCACAGUACGAUGAGGCUGAUAUCCUGAACAAAAUCCGAGAAGAUUGCAUGGGAAACCUGCAGAAAGGAAGGGUGGAUUUCCAACAGGUUUUUCUUGUCUCAAACUGGUACACUAGCAAGUAUGAUUUUCCCAGGCUGCAAGAGACUCUUGCGCAUGAGCUCCCCAGUCACAAGCGAUUAGCUUUUCUCCGCUCCCUGCCCAACCUCUCUAAAGAAACCGUGGAGGAGAAGAAGACAUGCUUGAUGACACAGGUAUGGCUGAAGAGUUUAGCUUCCUUAGGAGCUGGUGCACUUCCUGUGCCAGGCUUUUCUACUGUCUGUGAUGUAGUUCUCCUGGUGUCAACCCUGAAACAGUACUGCCAGGACUUUGGCCUGGAUAAAGAGUCCCUUGACAAGAUUGCUAGCCUCGCAAACAAGCCUGUCAAAGAGCUGACAGAUGUGAUAAAGUCCCCCCUGGCCCAUGAAAUCACAAAAGAUCUCGUCAUUAAGCUCCUGUCCAAGACAGUAGGUGGGGGAGUGAAAUACACUUUGUUUUUCAAGAAUAUCCUCCCCUUGGUGGGUCCCGUGAUAGGUUCUGUGGUAUCAGGCACCAUUUCUUACAUUGCCACAUACACCUUACUGAAGGGUUUCCUGAAUGCUGUUGCUGACGAUGCCCUGAGUGUGCUGGAAAAGGCUUUGGGGUGAUAAGCCUGUAAAUCAGCAAAAGGCCAGCGCUGGCUCUGUGAGAGGGAUGCAACAAAGUGAAAACCCCUUGGCACUUUCUCCCCUGCCACCCCAUUCCUGGGAGAGCUGCCAGCAGCCAGCCAUGUACUUCUUGUGCCCUGGGCUGUGACAGCAAUCCCAGCAGGCGUCUCGUUUCCUUGAGCAGCUUUCCUCCUCCGUGCUGGGCUUGCUUUGCUUCUGGACUUGACACCAAGCAAGGCCAAUGGUGGAGCCUGAGGGAGUCACGGGGUGAUCGGAGACUCCCGCACAUCACCGUGAGCUUGGCCAUCUCUGCCAUGGGGCCAUCACCUCGGCAUGAGCCUUUGCUUCUCUUAAUAAUCAUUCAGGUUUGUAUCCAGCUUUCAGGAUUCCUAGGCUCUGAUAUUGCCUCCUUGCAGGUCCCAGCCUGGGCCCUUCUUUUCUUACCGAAACUACAUCAUACUUUAAUUGCAGUGACCUGCAUUUAGUUUGCAUCAGCAGCCCAUGUCCAGUAGUCACUGCUUGGAAGGCGGUGUGGUUUGGGCCCAGAGACACUUUGGACUUGUCCUAAGGGGAGCUCUUCUCAACAAGCGUCUUUCUCCGGUUCCUCCCGAGACAGCAGGUGCCUGCAUCUGCAGAACAGGGCUCUCAAACUGAAGGCCUAUGGGCCAGAUCCACCCAUAGGGCUGCGAGAGGGGCAGGGUGCAUGGGGGCAGGCCUGCCACUGCAAUCCAGGGACCUGAGCCUCAGGUGUCACCUGGCUGCGUGAAACCCACGGCUGCCUCCACCACUCACCUCACCAGUGCUGCCUCGCCGAUCCGGCCCUUGCUGAUCUGGCCCUUGAGGAGCCCCAGUGUCCAGAUGCAGCCUAGGCAGAGAGUCAGUCUGACACUCCUGCUGGACAGCUUUUGAGGAGAAAAUGAGGCAGGGAGUGCAGUGAGGCUGCCCCGGGAACACACGGGGGAGUGUCCGUUAACCUCAGGGAAAGACCACCUGGGCACCCCCUGCUCCCCCACAUCUGCCUCUGCUUGGAGAUGGAAGAGAGCAAAACCCCACGCCUGGGGUGGGAGCUUCCGUACGUCUUCAGAUGCUUUGGAGGAAUAAUUUAGGCCGUGUUAGCAUGUGUGAAGUUAACCAGUAAAUCACCUGCUAGUGGUUGUGAAGAGUCCAGGAUUGCUUUCUUGCUGUUCCAGGUAUUAGAAUGCAUGAGUAUUUUACCAUUUGCGGCUGUAAUAAUCACAUCGUGGUUAGACAUGGCUUAUCUUGCUCUGUAUUUACUGUCUGUAUUCUCAAAUGAAGAUUUACAUUAAAGUUUCCUUAUAACCAU